GAGAGAGAGAGAGAGAGAGAGAGAGAGAGAGAGAGAGAGAAAGCAGCUAGAGGAAGAGCCACUGUGAAAGCAUCAGUAAGGCAGCCAUCUGAGAGCGAUAUAUCCAGUGAUAGAAGAGUAGACACAGAGACUAACCUCCUUUCUGACCAAUGAAAGAAGCAAUGCCAGUCCUUUCUGCAGGAGCAGGGUUGCAUGAGACGCUUGCCCUGCUGACCUCACAGCUGCGCCCAGAUGCCAAUCACAAAGAAGAUAUGGUUUUUCUCAAGGACGUCUUUAGUGAGAGGAGUCUCGGCUAUCUCAUGAAGAUCCAUGAGAAGUUGCGUCAGUAUGAAAGGCAGAGCCCCACUCCAGUCCUCCACAGUGCCUCCAGUCUAGCAGAAGAUGUGGCCGAGGAGUUACAAAGUGGACCAAUGAGUGUAGAGGAGAAAGAGCUUCUACAUCUGCUGACAUCACCUCAUCUCAAGGCAGUAUUGUCAGUUCAUGACACAGUGGCCCAAAAGAACUUUGACCCGGUGCUUCCUCCUCUGCCUGAUGACUUUGAGGAUGAUCUAGACGAGGAGUCGGUCAAGAUCGUCCGUUUAGUUAAAAAUAAAGAACCAUUGGGUGCCACUAUUCGGCGGGAUGAUGCUAUGGGGUCUGUGGUUAUUGCUCGUAUUAUGAAGGGAGGAGCUGCAGACAGGAGUGGUCUGGUGCAUGUAGGUGAUGAACUAAGAGAGGUGAAUGGCAUCUCUGUAAUGUACAAGAGGCCGGAUGAGAUCAGUCAACUGCUGUCUCAAUCUCAAGGUUCUAUUACACUGAAGAUCAUCCCAGCGAUAAAAGAGGAAGACAAGCUGAAGGAGAGCAAGGUGUACAUGCGGGCACUAUUUGACUACAUUCCAUUGGAGGACAAAGCCACGCCAUGCCAGGAGGCGGGGCUUCCGUUUAAACGUGGCGACAUUCUGCAGGUGGUCAGUCACGAUGAUCAAACGUGGUGGCAGGCCAAGAGAGUCGGAGACAGCAACCUGCGUGCAGGACUCAUCCCAUCAAAACUCUUUCAGGAGAGGCGAUUAGCAUACAGAACAAAAAUGGGCUCUCUUCCAAAUUCCAAAUCGCCAAAAAAAUCUUUCUAUGACCAGGGAUGUGAUAAAGAGGACUGUGACUGUGAGGGCUAUUUCAAUGGACAGUACAUAGUCUCUUCAAAGUGUAAUGCAGUGGUACCCUCCUGUGGCCAGGUGUUUUCCUGGGAUUUUUAUUCAGCUGGUUUGCGGAGAAGUUUUCGUCUAAGCCGGAAGGAUCGUCGUGGUUCUGCAGGAGAUGCCAGUGUUUCUGACCUGAAUGAGACGGAGUAUCUGACUUAUGAAGAAGUGACACGAUACCAGCAGAGACCCAAUGAGAGACCUCGAUUAGUAGUUCUCAUUGGUUCUCUGGGAGCACGAAUCAAUGAGCUGAAGCAGAAAUUAAUAGCUGAAAAUCCCUAUCGAUAUGCCGUGGCUGUGCCCCACACCACACGACUCAGAAAGCCUCAUGAGAAAGAGGGAGUGGAGUAUCACUUUGUGACCAAGCAAGCCUUUGAUGCCGAUGUCCAGAAUAACAAAUUCAUAGAGUACGGGGAGUAUAAAGAGAAUCUGUAUGGGACCAGUAUAGAAGCCAUCCGCUCUGUUCAAGCCAAGAACAAGAUGUGCCUGGUGGAUGUACAGCCUGAGGCAUUGAAGACCCUGCGGACAGCAGAGUUUAAGCCUUAUGUCAUUUUUGUAAAACCUAAAAUUCCAGAAGGUCGCAGGCGCCGCAGUGCUACCACCUCACCAGGAGGCGUCGAACACGGACGAAUGACAGAAGAGGACCUGCAGGAAAUGCGUCUGUCGGCACACCAGAUAGAUCAGCAGUAUGGACACCUAGUGGAUCGGGUCCUGAUCAAAGAGGACACCGCCAGUGCCUGUGCAGAACUGCGUAGCAUCUUGGAGAGAUUGGAACGGGAGACUUUUUGGGUUCCUCUGAGCUGGGUCAGGGCUUAGUACCCCCAUACUUCCUCUUCAGACUGUUGACCAACACCCCCACUGAUAGCCUUUCAGUGCUGGGCUUAUUUUCUUCCAUUCUGUGCAGCUUGACUGCUCUUGUCCUCUAGGGUCUGGCUCCUCUGAGCACUGCCAUCUUUACAGGUACAUUGGCACAAUGAGACCGUUGAGGGUAAAUGUACAGAUUUUGGUUGUAGGCUGGGACAUGUAGGCACAUAUGCACUUAAAUGGCCAUGAAUGAUCUUAUUUAUUUUUAAUGACAUUAGUUUUUUGUACAUGUCAUGAAAUUUGUUUGUAGCAUAUUCAUGACAGCAAAGCUAUAACAAAAAAAUGAUUGAUAUUAAA